AUGGCUACUUCGGAGGACAUCCAGACCCUCAUUCUCACCACCCUCGACACUCAGGGUGUCAUCGAGAACACCGACUCCCUCAAGACCGCUGAUGGCAACGCUAUCCCCUACCUCGCCGUCGUCGGUGUCCUCAACAGUCUCGCCUCCAAGGAGAUGAUCACCUACACCACCAUCGAGCGCGAUCAGUUCAAACUCACCCAGGAAGGAAAUGAAAUCGCCGACUCUGGAAGUCACGAGGCCAAGGUCUUUAACGCUGUCAACCCCGUCAGCGGAAUUGCUAUUGCCGAGCUCGCUAAACUUCUCGGUGCUUCUGCCAAGAUUGGACAGGGCAAGGCUUUCAAGAACAAGUGGAUCAAGAAGGAUGGUGAUAAGCUCGUCCGUGAGGUCGAGUCCAUUAUUGAUCAGACUCAGUUGGAUGCCCUUGAGAUUCGCAACACUGGAACUCACUCCAAGCCCGCCACCUUGAAGGAUCUCCAGGCUCGCAAGCACGUCGAGAAGGUUAAGCUGAUCUCGUACAAGGUUGCCAAGGGUCCCAAAUUCUCCUUGAAGAUCGAGAAGCAGGCUACCGAUUUGACCGCUGAGAUGUUGGCUGACGGAUCAUGGAAGACCCAGACCUUUAAGAAGUACAACUUUGCAGGAAACCCCCCAGAGGGUGGUCACUUGCAUCCUCUCAUGAAGGUGCGCGAGGAGUUCCGCAAGAUUUUCUUUGAGCUCGGUUUCGAGGAGAUGCCCACCAACAAGUACGUCGAGUCUUCGUUCUGGAACUUCGAUGCCCUUUUCCAGCCCCAGCAGCACCCUGCCCGUGAUGCUCACGAUACCUUCUUCCUUCUCGACCCCGCUACCUCCAACCACUUCCCCGACAAGGAGUACGUUCAGCGCGUCAAGGACGUUCACUCUCACGGAGGAUAUGGCUCGAUCGGAUAUGGAUACGACUGGAAGAUUGAGGAGGCCGAAAAGUUGCUCCUCCGUACCCAUACCACCUCUGUCUCCUCCAACAUGCUCUACCGCCUCGCUCAGGAGUCCAAGGCCAGUGGCUCGUUCAAGCCCGCAAAGUUCUUCUCGAUCGAUCGUGUCUACCGUAACGAGACUGUCGACGCCACCCAUUUGGCAGAGUUCCAUCAGGUCGAGGGUGUCAUUGCUGACAAAAACUUGACCUUGGGAGAUUUGAUUGGUUUCAUGGAGAUCUUCUUUGAGAAGAUGGGAGUGCCCAACAUCAAGUUCAAGCCCGCUUUCAACCCUUAUACCGAGCCAAGUAUGGAGAUUUUCUCAUGGCAUCCUGGUCUUGAGAAGUGGGUCGAGCUCGGAAACUCGGGUAUGUUCCGUCCCGAGAUGUUGGAGGCCAUGGGUCUCGAUCCCGAUGUCCGUGUCAUUGCUUGGGGUCUCGGUUUGGAGCGCCCCACCAUGAUCAAGUACGGUCUGGAUAACAUCCGUGAGCUUUUGGGACACAAGGUUGACUUGGAUAUGAUCCAGUCCAACCCUGCCUGCAGAUUGGACAAGAAGAUGGGCAAGGAGUUGGUUGGCAAGGAUGCUGUUGAUGCUUAA